UUAAACUUGAACUAGCAAAAAACAGAGAAACGAUAAAAGGACGAUAUCAAUCUCCAAUCUCACAUCUCUUGAAGAACACUCUUCAUUCUUUAGUGAAAUUUCUCAAGGGAAAUUUAGAGUCGACAUACUUCUGCAACGCUAUAAGAAAGGAAGGAGCAGGCGAAGUAGUUUUGCUGCUGGGAAUCUUAUUUGGCACUGCAGUUGGGGACAGAGAAAGCAACAAAGGUUCUAUCAGAGCAAACAUGGCUGGUGCAGAGGUGGAUGCAGUGGAUUUUGAGCCAGAAGACGAUGAUCUUAUGGAUGAUGAUGCAACGAUGGAGGAGGCAACUACCAAUGCAAAUGCAGACAUGGCUCCUUCAGUUCCAGCACCUAAGUUAAAAUCUACGAUAACUGGCACUACCUCACAACUGCAGCUGAGUGAUGGGCAUGAGCAAGGUCCACCCAAGAAGACAAAAGGGAGGGGUUUCAAAGAAGAAAUUGAUGUUGAACGCAAUUCCCGGUUUGCAGCCAGAGACUUUGAUUCUCUUGAUUCUGGUGGUGGCCCUGGCCCUCAGAGAUCUAUUGAGGGCUGGAUCAUCUUGGUAACUGGAGUACACGAAGAGGCACAAGAGGUUGAUCUUCAGGAGCUAUUUGGCGAGUAUGGAGAAAUAAAGAACCUGCACCUGAAUUUAGAUCGCAGAACUGGAUUUGUAAAGGGAUAUGCAUUGAUUGAGUAUGAAACCUACAACGAAGCUCAAGCUGCAAUAGCAAAUCUAAAUGGUGCAGAAUUAUUGACUCAAACCAUAUCUGUUGAUUGGGCAUUCAGCAAUGGCCCAUUUCGACGCAGGAAUAUUCGGAGGAGGUCACCCCGUGGGGUACACCGUUCAAGAAGUCCUGUCAGAAGAAGAUACUGAGUUAUAUUAUAUUAUGUAAUGAUUGAUAAAGCACCUGGAAGUUGUGUUGACUUAUUAUCGUUUCCAAGCAUGAAUGUCAGAUUUGGAUUGCAAUUUUUAUAUAAGGUGCAUAUCAUUACAUAUUAGACAUUGCUGACAUGUUGGUUAAUUUACAACGAUUGUCCAGAUUGUUGAACUGGCAAUACCUUUUUUGAUGUGAAGGGUAUUGGAAUGGCAUUUGUUCGUGUAUUACAUAUUUGAAAGUAGUUUUAUUUGCUUUGUUA